CGUACAAUGACACACAUUCGUUGUUGCGCUGCCGCCGGAAUGUCACAUGACCAGCCUCUUUUAAAGCCAAUCUGAUCCAACAUCUGUUCAUAUAAACAUAGCAAGCAUCCAUUUGUGCUUUUAAAACUUUCCGACACGGAUGUUUAGGUUGUAAAUAUUGGUCGGAUACUAACACGAAUAAUAUGACUACAGAGGUUACAAUACCUGGAAAAACUGUUUGUGAACUUGUACAGUAUUGGGGAUCAAUUGAUACAAAUGCAACACCUGCAUUCAUCAGUGUGUUUAUGAAUGGAAAGAAUUGUUCAUUAUCCAGGAAAGAAGUUUUGGAUCUCUCACGGCGGUUUGCCUUUCGACUUAAAGAACUUGGAAUUACGAAAGGUUUAAUUGUAUGCAAUGCCCUUCCUAAUUCCCUUGAGCGAGUUGUUUGUGAAUUUGGUAUAGCAUUUUCUGGUGCAGCUUCGAUGAAUGGUCAGAUAUUUCGGACAGAUGGUGAAGAUUUUCUUGAAACUUUAAAGAACAGCAAAUGUUCUGCAGUGAUUCUUGAUCCUAGUAUACCCCAGGGUGCCAGAAAAAUUCUAUUGGAGGAAGUUCCAAUUGGCUGUGAAAAUGAUGUGCAAUCUCAACUCCUUCCCCAUUUAAAACACAUCAUCGCUUGCACCAGAGAUGACUUUAAUCCUUCUAAUGAUUUCAUCACCUCUUUGAAAAAUCCAGCGUUGCCUGAGUAUACCGCAGAUGUAAACCCAUCUGACAUGGUCACUGUCUUGACCACGUCUGGGACAACUGGCUACUCCAAGCUUGUGCGGUUCUGCCAUGCAAAUAUUUGUGGUUUUGGUAUUCAAGUCAAAGCUAUUGAACCGAUGAACCCGGGUGACCAUUUUAUAAACAUUGCCCCGAUGGGAUGGGCGGGUGGAUACCCCCAGUGGUAUCUAUCCUGUGGGGUGACUCGAUAUUUUUUCGAUAUGCACGCUGGACCUAUCCCUGAUGUUGCUUCAGCCAUAUGGAAAACUAUUGUGCAAGAAAAGAUAGUUUACGGCUUUAUAAAUCCAUACUAUGUGAAAAGUAUUCUCUCCAACACAUCGCUGUGGAAAAAUUCACACUGGAAACCCAAGUAUCUUUGCCUAGCUGGUCAGCCUGUUAAACAGGAUACUUUGGGUGUAAUCGGAAAACUCUGUGAUGCCGUGGACAUCAAUUACGGCAUGACUGAAUGCAAUCUGGUGGCCACACAUAGAAUAGCGGAUCCUUCAUCAUACAUCGACAACUGUGUUGGUUACCCUGGGUAUGAUGUCCAGAUUAAAAUAGUGGAUAUAGAUAUGCAAGAAGUUGAUAAUGGUAAAACAGGGCAAGUGCUAGUUAAAAGUCCCACCUUGAGCAUGGGGUACCUCAACAAUGAAGCAGCAACCAAUUCAUCUUUCUUAGCGGAUGGCUGGUUUUGCACAGACGACGCCGGAUACAUAGGGGCAGAUGGGAAGUUGUACGUGGAAGGCAGGCAGUCUGACACCAUAAUGAGGGCAGGGUACAUCUUGUACCCUUCUUGGCUGGAGAAGAAAUUCAAGGAAGUUCCGGAAGUGCUGGACAUCGUUCUUGUGGCUGUGCCAGACAAGCUGUGGGGGAAUGAAAUCUGCGCCUGUGUUGUUAUCAGCGGUGUUGAGGGUGUGUGGGCUGGUCGUAAACCAACAGACGGUUGUGAAGAUUUGAAUAAACAGACGAGUGAUUCCAAAUUUUGUGAAGACAGUGUGAUAAAAAAUGGGAAAGUUGGAAAACAGCCGACAGCUGAUGUAGAUCUAGAGCUGCUGGAAAAGCAGCUCAGGAGUUUUGCUGACAGUAUAGAAUUGGUUAAUGAGAAGGACAUCAUGAGGCUUGUACCGAAGUAUUAUGUAUUCAUGGACAAGUUCCCCCUGACCAAUUCUGGUAAAGUGAGUAGGAAAGAGAUGCGCAAGAUGGCUGCUACAUUGUUUGAUCUGCUGUGAUAGAUUUGUUACGUUGAAUUUGUUCUAAAUUAUUCUUGCACUUCAGUGAAAAUUGCUAUGAAGUCAAACUUAUUAAUCUUACAAUGAAUAUGACUGGCAGCUAUUUUUUCAAUUAUUUCCCUUGAUACAUUUUGGCAAAUAAUGGCAACCUUGAUGUAUAACCUAAGGAAACAAAUUAAACUGAUGGGAACAUUGAAAUAAGGGAUGGGUUAUCAUUGUCUCAAAUAUUAUAUUUAAUGUUUAGUUUAUUUAUCACAUUAUACAGAUUUUCUUUUUGUCCCCCCACCUCAAGCAAUAUUAUACUUGGAUAUGAAAGUUCUUUAAAUUUAAUUACUAAUAUUUGUUUCUAAUGUAUUGAACAAGAAUAAAAAAUUGUUUGAUUUAUUGUUUCAUACAAAUUUUUUAAACAGAUAUCCCCUUGGUGAUAGUUAAGUUUUUGUGACUUAGUCAGUCUGUUAGAUAAUCUAGACCCAUCUUCCCUCUCAAACUGUUAUUGUUAAUGUCGAUACAUCUUUUUUUUUGUGUCAACCACUGUGUAUUAGGAAACGUCACAGUAUUUAUUUAUUAUUGUUGUGCACAUAUACUACUGCCAAUAUUUGGUAAAUUUGAAAAAAGUAAACAAAAUUAUUUAACAUCUCUACUUUAUGCCAUUUGAAUACAUUAUCUGCCCAGUUUUCUUUAACAAUUGUUUUGGUCUUUCAUGCCUAUUGGCUUUGAUUCUGUGAUGCUUUAUUUUAGCAUUCAACAAGUUACUAAAAAUUAUUUACAAUGUAAAUGUUCUUUUUAUUUGCUGUUAAUGAAAUGUUAAAAGUUUAAUAAUAUUGAUUGAAUUACUUCUUAAUCUUCAAUAAAUAAAGC